AUGCCCAGCCAGCGCUACGAAAGGGUAGCCGCCCAGGACGAAGACGACUCUCACGCAUCGUCGACAUCGGCUCAGCAGUGGCCCCCGGCCUCGCCACCACCCUCCUUUCACUCGCGCGCAUCAUCCCCCAAUGGAACCUCACGACGCCUCUUAGCACAGGACCCGGCACCCACUGAUGAAGAUCGCACUCUCGCAGAUACGUUUGACUCCGACUCAGACGACGACGACGAUGACAAUGGCGACGAUCGACAGCGCUUGAUGCGGGGAAACCCCCGAAGCGAGGACGAGCCUCCGGCCCCCGGCAUUCAAAGACGGGUCACCGAACUGCCAGUUUUCAACACACAGGCUCCUACCAGUGGCCGCGUCUACGGCGGUGGCAAUGGCGGCGUGUGGGCAAAUCUCAGUGCAAAGCCAACUCGGGGUGAGGAUGCCGAGGAGAAGCCUCCGACAUAUGAACAAGCCGCCGCAGAUGCAACACCGCCAUACUGGGAAACAACCAUCCUUGCCCCCGGCACUUUUGGCGACGAAGUCUUUGUCGAGGGCCUUCCCGUCGGCUCCCUCUUCAGUUUCCUCUGGAAUGCCAUGAUUUCCAUGUCCUUUCAACUCGUCGGUUUCCUGCUUACCUACCUGCUUCACACCACCCACGCUGCAAAGAAUGGUUCCCGUGCUGGUCUUGGCAUCACGCUUGUGCAGUUUGGCUUCGGUUUCCGCUCUGCAGUCCUCAACCCCAGCAACGGCAGCAACGACAACCCAGGCCAAGGCUUCAAUGGCGGCGUCCCAAGCGAUCCAAACUCGCACGACUUUGACCCAGACAAGGUCAGUACCGGCAGCUCUGGCGGUGACUCGACACCUACUUCGAGUGCCAUCACCGGCAGCGAUUGGGUAGCCUAUGGCCUCAUGAUUGUUGGCUGGUUCAUCUUGAUCAAGAGUGUGUCAGACUUCAUUCGUGCCAGGCGGCACGAACAGCUGGUUCUCCAGUCUCCAGAUCGUGGCUUGGGUGUUGCCGUAGUUGCCGAGGGUGAAAGUCCAGAGCGCAGUGUAUAG